UAUCAUACAUAUAGAUAUAUUACCGUUUCGUUCGCUACGGCGCAAACGAUUGGCAUCUUGAGCAGGCGCCCAGAUAAUGCAAUUAUACCUACAAAACAACGCUGUAACGGAUAACGAUCCUUAUAUCUUUCUUCAUAUUCCAUUUGUUAAAUAUCGCUUAUUUUAAUUUCGUAAAAAUAUCAACAACAACAAAUUAAGGGUAGUUAAUCAAUAAUAUUACAUACAAACAGUUCGCCAUCCUAAGAACUACCUACAUUAAUGAUAAUGAGUAAACUAGAUGCGAUAAAAACACGCUCAACAUCAAAAUAAAUCAUAAUCACUCUUAUCUUCUCUAAAAUCUUUUUUAAUUAGCUUGUGUGAAAAGGACGAAGUGAUUAUCUAAUGACCAUCUUCAUUAUAAAUCAGAUCAACUUGUUGUUUAAACAUCAGUCAGUAAAUAUCUUUCGCAGCCAUGACAUCAUUAAUCGAUGCUGACGCGAUUCUAUCAGGGAGCGAGCAGUGGCUUCAGCUUGACCAAAAAUGGGGAACACCGGUCGAUUUGGACACAGAAGACGACGGACCAAGACUCAAAACUGUCUUCAGCACUUUAGAUUUGAAGAAAUCUACCUUCGAUUCAUCGUUUCUAUUCAAACGGAGAAAACUCGGAAGAAAUUCAUCUAAAAAGUCUAUGGAUUAUAAGGAGUUUCUUCAAGAUUUAAACGACGUUCCAAGAAACACUCCAGAUAAACAGUUUUACUUCGUCAGCGGGCAGAUUCUUUCCGCCAUUUCUGUCGAAGAGAUCUGUGAAGAUAUAGACAACAUUUUCAAGUCAAUGGAUAAGCUUUGCUCGGCGACUAGUACAGUAAGAAUGAACAAGAAAGAAAAACCAAGUAUGCCGGAUAUUGUGCAGUGCAGUGUUUCGAUUAACGGUCUCUCGUUCGAUGAUACAGUGGAAAACGCAAGUGAAAAAGAAAAGGCAGAUAGCGACGACGUGUCAGGUUAUAUCGAUGAAGUAUUUGGACAUUUGAAUUCAUUGACCAGUGAGAGGUCGUCUAAGGAAUCAGUAACGUCUCUAGUAAGGAGGUUUACGAGCAUGUUGAAGAAUCCGAUCAAGUGUAGCCCGAGGAAACGAAGACAAUGUGGAGAUAGGUUUAAGGAUUUAACUGAAUUUUGGCAAGCCCAGUCUAAUGGAACUGGUUCAAGGUAUGACUCCUAAGAGUCCUAAGACCUAAAAAUCUAAUUUUAUUAUUUAUUUAGUUGUGAUGGUUGUGUAUUUGAUUUGGGUUGAAGAAGUUUAUAAAGUUAGACCAAGAUAAGUCUGCAGCGAUUUUGAUAGCCCAGACUGUGCAAGUGUUGCAGGGUUAUCUUGGUCUAAGUAGUGAUUCCCGAUAAAGUUAAAUCUUAACGUAAACAAACGGGUACUCAUUAUAAUAUAUUAAGAGAAAAUGUUCUGCUACUUUGCGUGCCUGUCAAAAAUGUAAAGGGCCAUAAUGUACUGUACUUAUACCUACGAUAGCGAAUUUCUAUUUUUCGCACUUGAAUCGUAAUGUACUAUUUCACAACACCAAAGUUACAUUUUAUCCAUAUGCGUUACAAAGUAAUUUGAUACAAAUCAUAAGUGGUUUCCUUAUGUUGGCUAGUGGGUUUGACUGAUAUAAUUUAUAGCGUAAGCUGAAUCUCGAGAAAGUUUUGUACAAAUAAUUAAAAUAGGUUAUGAUGCUUGAGUAGUGUAUCUUGUGUUUAGGUUUUACUGUUAGCUAUGGAUAAUGAUGGAAUCCUAGGCAGCUUAAUAUUUCACAUUGUGAUAAAAAUUAAGGAUAGUUUUGGUGUAAAGUACCUAAUUAUUAUUUUAACAACUUUUGGUUGUAAAGAUGGCAGCACCAGUAAGGUAUUCGUAUCUUAGGAGGUGCAAGCAUGUAAAGUUAGUCAAAUACGCGUAGUUAUAUAGUUAAUAAUAAUCAUUGCAUAUACCUACUAGUUAUUUAGUUUUUUGUUAAGUAGGUAUUUUUUUUAAAUUGUCAAACUUACGUUACGUAUUUAUAACCGCUAAUCUAAGUAGUAUAUGUAUAUAAAUGUUUGUAAAAAACAAAUUGAAGUACCUAAUAUUAAAUUUAAUUGUGUAAGUAUACUAUUUAGAUAGUCUGUUUUAAUUAAGUAGGUAAUUACUAUAAUCCAAGGAAUGUUAACUGGAGUACGUAAGGCUUAAAAGAAUGUGCGUUAAAUUAAAAUAUUUGAUUUGAUAAUAUU